UCUUCUUCUUCUUCUUCUUCAAAGUCAUGUUAGGGUUUCUUCAUUCUCAUCUUCUCUCUAAUGCCACAUCUGGGUGGCUCUCUUUUUUGAGAGAGAGCAUGUCGUUUCUUCUCCUGCUUUAAUUUGGCUUUUGUUUGGCGUUUUUUCAAGCUCGUUUGAGAAGAACCAGGAAACUGAAACGGAACAAGUUUUUCUGUGAUAUCGAGCUGCGAGUGUGAGUUUUUUUGUGUAUGUGAGUUGUUGUUAAGCUGAAAAGCCAGGAUUUUUGAAGGAAAGUUUGGAUUUUUUUGGGGAGGUUUUGUUUUUAUUGAGAAAAUUUUAAGAAAUAAAAUUGAGAGAGAGAAAAAAAGAGAGUUGUUUACAGCUUGUUGAUCAACCAAUAACUGAAAGGGUUUUAGAAAAAAAACCAUCCAUUUGGCUGUUUUUCACCUUAAACACAUCAUAACACAUAAGCUUUUAUCACUCUCUUCUCUCUCUUUUACAAACACAUCACAAGCGACGGACUUUACUAAGAAACAAGAAUCUUUAACUCUUAAAAACCCAAAACUCGCUACCUGGAUUUGCAAGAAAUGGCUAUGGUGAUGGCGCAGCAACAGAGAGAGAGUAGUAGUGGGAGUAUCAAUAAGCACCAACUUGAUAGUGGAAAGUAUGUUCGUUACACGGCUGAGCAAGUGGAGGCUCUUGAGAGAGUAUAUGCUGAGUGUCCCAAACCCAGUUCAUUGCGUAGGCAGCAGUUGAUCCGUGAGUGUCCCAUUCUCUCCAACAUUGAGCCCAAACAGAUCAAAGUUUGGUUUCAAAAUCGAAGGUGUCGAGAGAAGCAGAGAAAAGAGGCUUCAAGACUCUCAACUGUGAACAGAAAAUUGACGGCUAUGAACAAGCUGUUGAUGGAGGAGAAUGAUCGGUUGCAGAAACAGGUGUCGCAGCUGGUGUGUGAAAAUGGCUAUAUGCGCCAACAGUUGCAAACGGCAACAGCGGCAACUGAUGGGAGCUGUGACUCUGCGGUGACCACUCCUCAGCAUUCACUGAGAGAUGCCAAUAACCCUGCUGGACUCCUCUCCAUAGCGGAGGAGACCUUGGCAGAGUUCCUUUCAAAGGCUACAGGAACUGCUGUCGAUUGGGUCCAGAUGCCUGGGAUGAAGCCUGGUCCGGAUUCGGUUGGGAUCUUUGCCAUUUCACAAAGUUGCAGUGGAGUGGCAGCUCGAGCCUGCGGUCUUGUCAGUUUAGAACCUACGAAGAUUGCAGAGAUCCUUAAAGAUCGUCCAUCUUGGUUCCGGGACUGUCGGAGCCUUGAAGUUUUCACAAUGUUCCCAGCUGGGAAUGCUGGAACAAUUGAACUUGUAUACACACAGGCAUAUGCCCCAACUACUCUGGCUCCUGCACGUGAUUUCUGGACUCUAAGAUACACUACGAGUUUAGACAAUGGAAGUCUUGUGGUCUGUGAGAGGUCUCUUUCUGGUUCUGGGGCUGGACCAAAUCCAGCAGCUGUUACUCAAUUUGUGAGAGCAGAAAUGCUUCCUAGUGGUUAUCUGAUUCGUCCUUGUGAUGGUGGAGGGUCAAUCAUCCAUAUUGUCGACCACCUGAAUCUUGAGGCAUGGAGUGUGCCAGAGGUGUUGCGACCACUUUAUGAAUCGUCAAAAGUAGUGGCCCAAAGAAUGACUAUCGCAGCUCUGCGUUAUAUCAGGCAAAUAGCUCAAGAGACUAGUGGUGAGGUAGUUUAUGGGUUGGGAAGGCAGCCAGCUGUUCUCAGAACUUUCAGCCAAAGAUUAAGCAGAGGUUUUAAUGAUGCUAUCAAUGGAUUUAAUGAUGAUGGCUGGUCAUUGAUGAAUUGUGAUGGUGCUGAAGACGUGAUAAUCGCAGUAAAUUCAACUAAGGGUCUGAAUGCCACUUCCAACAAUGCUAAUUCCCUUUCAUUUCUUGGUGGUAUUCUCUGUGCAAAGGCUUCCAUGUUACUCCAAAAUGUUCCUCCUGCAGUGCUUGUGCGUUUCCUACGGGAGCAUCGUUCAGAGUGGGCCGAUUUCAAUGUUGAUGCCUAUUCUGCUGCAUCAUUAAAAGCUGGUUCCUUUGCAUAUCCAGGAAUGAGGCCUACAAGAUUUACUGGAAGCCAAAUCAUCAUGCCCCUUGGGCACACAAUUGAACACGAAGAGUUGCUUGAAGUGAUUCGACUUGAAGGGCAUUCUCUUGCACAAGAAGACGCUUUUGUGUCGAGGGAUAUUCAUCUACUGCAGAUAUGUAGUGGAGUUGAUGAAAAUGCUGUGGGAGCAUGUUCUGAACUGGUCUUUGCUCCAAUCGAUGAGAUGUUUCCAGAUGAUGGUCCAUUGCUACCCUCUGGUUUCCGUAUUAUCCCAUUGGAUUCAAAAACGCCUGAUACCCAAGAUACAUUGACUACACAUCGGACCCUAGAUCUUACAUCCAGUCUGGAAGUUGGUCCAGUGACAAACCAUGCUGCUGGAGAUUCGUCAUCGUGUCAGAACACACGAUCGGUAUUGACAAUUGCCUUCCAGUUCCCUUUUGAGAGCAAUCUACAGGAUAAUGUCGCAACUAUGGCACGUCAGUACGUCCGUAGUGUGAUUUCAUCCGUCCAAAGAGUGGCCAUGGCAAUAACUCCAUCAGGAUUGAGCCCAACUGUGGGACCCAAGCUCUCACCAGGCUCUCCAGAAGCACUUACAUUAGCUCACUGGAUCUGCCAAAGCUAUAGCUUCCAUUUAGGGGCAGAGUUGUUCAGAUCUGAUUCUGUUGUUGGUGACUCUGUGUUGAAGCAUCUUUGGCAUCAUCAGGAUGCCAUAUUGUGCUGUUCAUUGAAGUCGCUUCCAGUUUUCAUCUUUGCAAACCAAGCAGGCCUUGACAUGCUGGAGACAACUUUAGUGGCUCUACAAGAUAUCUCACUGGAUAAAAUUUUUGAUGAGUCUGGACGAAAGUCAUUAUGUGCUGACUUCGCCAAGUUAAUGCAGCAGGGUUUCACUUAUUUGCCGGCGGGCAUCUGCAUGUCAACGAUGGGGCGCCAUGUUUCAUACGAACAAGCAGUUGCAUGGAAAGUCCUUGCUGCAGAAGAGAAUACUGUCCACUGUCUUGCCUUCUCCUUUGUAAACUGGUCUUUUGUGUGAACAGUUAAAUUUAUUUGUCCAACAUAUUUCCCUCCAGUUAAAUAUGAAAAAAAGAGAAGGGAAUAUGAAAAAAAAAAA